CGGUUCUCAGUGACAUCCAUCAAGGUAAAUAUCUAGAAGACAAUACUGCAGCUGUUCGCUUAAUAUGAAUUGGUAUAUGAACUCAUACAAAAAUCCCUAAAUCCAGGCGUGCAGAGCUUGUCACAUCAUACCCAAAAAGACUUGAGGCUUUAAUCGCUGCCAAAGUAGGAGAAGACAUGGGAGAGUUGGUCAGGACCAGAUAGGACAGCAGAAGUCAAGGCAGACUCUGAGCUCACAGAGGUCUGAGCGGAGGCUGAACAUGGUCUGAUGGACCGCCUCUUUUUGCUGACCUUCUUCUUCUGUUCAGUCUUGUGGGUUUUGUUCUGGGAGGUGCGCUGGAAGAAAGGCAAGGAAAGUCAGAUUGAAGAAUGGCUCCAGGGACACAGCCUAUCCGAAUACAAGUGUUUGUUUGAAGAUGUUCAGACUCUGGAGGAGCUGAGUUUAUGUGUGCUGUCUCGACUGGAGGAAGUAGUAAAGGAAAAGCAUCACUGGAGGGAGAUCACUGAGGCCCACGUGCAGCUGCUCAGAGACUUUGCCUUCCAGGAGUGGCUUUGUUCCCAGAGCCUGGAGCACUACUAUCACACUUUGAAGACCCUGGGCUGCACUACCCUGGAUGAUCUAGCCCAGUUUGACAGCCAGCUUCAGCUCUCUCUGGCAGCGUGGGGCUAUUACUACGAGGAUUACAUCAAACUGUCCACAGGCGUGAGGGUCCUCCAGGCAUCUAAGGGAAGCAGAGAUCAAGACUACGAGAUUCAGCUGGUGCACAGCCUUGCUGAGAGGCGACUGAAUGAGAAGUGGUCUUUUGCAGGAGCUCUGAUAUUUGGCUGUACCAUUGCCCUGUGCUUUCUGAUAAGGGACCUCAUGUUUUACGUGAUUGGUGGAAUAACUGUUUCCAUCAUCGCAUUCGUCUUCACCAUCAAGUUUCUGUGUGAGCUUGCUGCUCGUGUGGUCAGCUUCUUACAGAAUGAUGACCCUACCCGUCAUGGGGACCGCAGUAUCUACGACUAUGUGCGGGGUAAUUAUUUGGACCCACGCUCAUGCAAGGUCUCCUGGGACUGGAAAGAGCCACAGGAAGUCGGUCAAACCAUGAGUUUCCGAGUGCAGCUCUUCUACAAAAAUGGCCAGCCAUUUCCUGCACAUAGACCUGUGGGACUGAGGGUGAACAUCACUCACAUAGAGCUGGCUUUAGAAGUCCCUGUCACCCAGGAAGUCCUUCAAGAGCCUGAAUCUAAUGUAGUCAAAGUGGCCUUCACUGUACGUAAGGCUGGACGCUACGAGGUAGCUGUAAAACUUGGAGGCUUGAAUGUGGCCUACAGCCCUUACUACAAAAUAUUCCAACCAGGUACAGUGGUCCCAUCCAAAACAAAGAUCGCGUACCACUUCUCAACACUGGUGCUGACUUACGGCCAGCAGCACACGCUUCAGAUAGAACCAAGGGAUGAGUAUGGCAACCCCACCAGUAACUCCGUCUCACUGGUGGAUGAGGUCAAUUACAGCGUUCAUGUCCACCCAUUGGGCACAGUGGAGGAGGAGGAGAGCUCAGAUGAUUGCUACAGCACAUCGGUAUCAUUAAACAAGCCUCAGUGUCAGGUUCUGAUGAGGCUCACCUUCAGGAAGAAAGGCUGCUUUAGAGCAUGCAUCUCAUACAGGGACCAGCCCCUUAGCAAUGGGGAGUUUGACAUCAUUGUACUCAGUGAAAAUGAGAAGAACUGUGUGGAGAAAAACGUGUCUACUCCAGGCAUAAGCAUCUACUUUGAGGCCUACCUCUACAACACGGGCACUUACAGUAGCUGUCCUUGGCAGUUACUUGCAUCGUCCCAGCUAGCCCUACAGAGACGGCCCUCCAUGGGCGAUGAGGAGGAGGAACAUGACUCCCCUGUAGAAGGCCAGUCAGAGAAGGUCAAGAAACCAAAAAAGGUUUAUUGCUAUAUCUCACCAAAGCAAUUUUCUGUAAAGGAGUUUUACCUGAAGAUUAUUCCUUGGCGCCUUUUCACUUUCCGUGUGUGCCCCGGAACUAAGUUCACGUACCAUGGACCAGAUCCUGUUCAUAAAUACCUAACACUGGUGGUCGAUGAUGGGAUUCAACCUCCAGUAGAGCUCAGCUGUAAGGACAGAAAUAUCAUGGCUGCCACCUUUAUCCGAUUUCUCCACAAGAACAUCGGAGGAUCAGAGACUUUUCAGGAUAAAGUGAACUUCUUUCAGCGGGAGCUGAGACACAUUCACUCAAAGAGACCUCGCACUAAAACCUGCCUGAAAAUCAGCCGUCCUUCUCUGCUUGAGUCGUCUCUGAAGGCCACACGGAACUUUUCUGUGUCUGAUUGGAGUAAGAACUUUGAAGUUGUGUUCCAGGAUGAAGAAGCUCUGGACUGGGGAGGGCCAAGGCGUGAGUGGUUUGAGCUUAUCUGUAAGGCUCUGUUUGAUACCAAUAACCAGCUUUUCACACGCUUCAGUGACAACAACCAAGGGUUGGUCCACCCAAACGCUGAGCGCCCCCCUCACCUGAGGGUGAAGAUGUAUGAGUUUGCAGGGCGAGUGGUGGGGAAAUGUCUAUAUGAAUCAGCUUUAGGUGGGGCCUACAAGCAGCUAGUACGAGCCCGAUUCACCCGCUCCUUCUUGGCUCAGAUUAUUGGAUUACGAAUGAACUACAAGUACUUCGAAACAGACGAUGAGGAAUUUUACAAAACUAAAGUCUGCUUCAUUCUGAACAAUGAUGUCAGUGAAAUGGACCUGGUGUUUGCAGAGGAAAAAUAUAGCAAAUCGGGACACCUGGAAAAGGUAGUGGAAUUGAUAUCUGGUGGUGCUCAAAUUGCUGUGACCAAUGAGAAUAAAAUUCACUACUUAAACCUGUUGGCCCAGUACAGACUAGCCAGUCAGGUGCGAGAUGAAGUAGAGCACUUCCUCAAAGGUUUGAAUGAACUGGUCCCUGAAAACCUUCUGGCCAUAUUUGAUGAGAAUGAAUUGGAGUUGUUGAUGUGUGGUACAGGAGAUAUUAACGUACAGGACUUUAAAGCUCACGCUGUUAUUGUUGGAGGGUCAUGGCACUUCAGAGAAAAGGUGAUGAAGUGGUUCUGGGCAGUGGUGUCAUCCUUCACACAGGAAGAACUGGCACGUUUGUUACAGUUCACCACUGGGUCCUCGCAGCUCCCACCUGGCGGCUUCAACACUCUCUGCCCCUCCUUCCAGAUCAUAGCAGCUCCCACACACAGCACGCUGCCCACCGCACACACCUGUUUUAACCAGCUGUGCCUCCCAACGUAUGACUCCUACGAGGAGCUCCACAAGCUGCUGAAGCUGGCCAUCAGUGAGGGGAGCGAGGGCUUUGGAAUGCUUUGAACAUAAGUCCAACUCUGGCAGAAACAGAGAAAUCUCCAAACCUCUUUUUAUGAACAUCUCACCCCAGUGCACUUUACAGUGUACUGUAAAUGACGAACUUUGAUCACAAGAUGCCUCUGGCAGGAUUCAGGAGUUAUGUACAUAUGUAUCAAAAGAUUGUUCUACAAGAUGAAAAUAAGAAGAAAAGCAAAUUUGAGUUUGUUUGUUUUUUUUGUUUGUUUUUUUGUUCAAAUAGUUGCCUAUCUUUCCAUAUGUGAGUGCAGACAUAAUUAAAUGGCCUAAGUGUCAGGAUGCUUGUUUUGCAUUUGGCAUAAAUAUAACUUUUUUAUGGAGCGUAGUUGACUAUGGGAUAUUGGGAAUGACUGCAAAACCUCUGCACUUGGGCCUUAACUGAUCAGGGAAGGUUAUGUAUAACUUCUGUUUCAUUGUAUGCUUUAUUUAUAUAUAAAGUGUAUGCAUUUCCCCUGCAACUGUUCAUUUGAUAUUUAUGAAGAAGGGACCUUAGACACGUUGUCGCAUACCACAUUACCAUCUUUUUUUAACAAGUGAAAUUUGUUUAAUGGGCAUUUCAUAAAUCAUAAAAUUAUUUUUCUCAGAAAUGUCGAUAGUGUUUCAGUUGCAACUGUUUUGGCGACUGUUUCUCGAAACAGUUAAAUGUUUGAUGUUUUUUCAGAUGUCAGACAGCUGACUUGCACAUUUAUCAGAUGUGGCUUUGCUCUUCUCUUGAGCUCCUUUUUAUUUUGAACAUUUAUUAUUAAUGAUCAUAUAUAGGAAACUAGUUAUGAUCAAAUUAAGGUAAGAUGUACAUUUAAAAUAUUAUUACAAAAACGUAUUUGUACUACUUUAACUUCUCCUUUCUACUGUUAUUCUGAAAUAUUUGAGUAACAUCUAUGCAUCAUACCAACAAGUCCACAAACAACAAACACUGGCUUUGCUUGUUUUUAUAAAUAACUGAUGCUCUUUUUAUCAUUUGGUUCAGUUAAUGCCGCUCCGCUACUAAAUUGAAGUUAAUUAUAUGGGAAAGAUCAUAAUCCACAAAGGCUGACUGUUGAACAUUAGUGACCUUUUUUCUACUGUAUAGAGCCUGUAGCAAUAUUCUAUGAGGUCAUUCUACAUGCUAAUCUGGAGUGUCCUUUUGUGACCACUACAAACCAUUUGCAGGGAUAAAAGAAAUGCUAAAACAUAACUACCCUGAUGUUACACUGUGCUCUUGCCUUUGUCUUCUCUCUCUCUCUCUCUCUCUCUCUCUCCCGUCCUCUCUCUAUCUCUCUCUCUUUAAACACACACACACAUUUUCUUUUUCCAUGAAGUUAGACUAGAGUUUCAAAAUUAACAUUUCUGUGCAUUAUAUGCAACACAAUAAAAAAUCUGAAAUGUAUUCAUUCAUUCAUUGUAAAUGUCAUAAAAAAAUGUUGGGUGAUGCACAAUCUAAAGCAUAAUGUUAUGGAUCAGCUUUAGUAAAAGCUAAAAUUCCAAAUUUAGUUCAGCAUUAAGAAAGCAUAUAUCAGUAGCCAGAAAGAAAGUUUUGAGUGUGCUAAGGGAGG